GUUUCGGGCUAGGCAGCGGUGGCCCCAACAGCGGAGGGUGCACCCGUCGGGGACCAAGACAAGCGGCCGAGGUGGCGCAGGGUUCCAGGGAUGACCCGAGGCCUUGGAGAGUGACCUGCGGCCUUGUACUUCAGGGACGGAGGCUCCGGGCUGGACGGGCGUCUCUCCGAGCCAUUUCUUUGAGGGAAGUACCUCGUCCUCCCCCACUGCCCAUUACAGAUCUGCUGGGAGAGUUGGGGUUCACCACUCAGGAUGACUUCACUGACUAAAUCAGAGAAUAUAGAAGUGCUAGAAGAGGAACCAGUGGCAUCCAAGACUCAUGAUCUUCAACUAGCAUCAGAUCCCAACCCUGUGGAAGUAUGUGGUAAAUCAUCUGCCUCCCUUGAGAUGACUCAAGGCAUUUUGAAGGAACGAAUUCACCUUGGCUCUAGCCCUAAAAAGGGGGAAAGUUGUGAUCUCAGCCAUCAGGAAGGACUUCAAUCCAGGUCCUUUCUUCAUUUGUCCCCCCAAGAACAGUCUGCCUAUGAUCAAGACAGGAGGCAAUCCUGGCGGCGAGCAAGUAUGAAGGGAAUGAACCGGCGGAAGUCCCUGCCUCCCUUUCAUCAGGGCGUCACAGAGCUCAGCAGAUCCAUCAGUGUCAAUUUAGCCGAAAGCAAACGGCUUGGCUCUCUCCUGCUAUCCAGUUUCCAGUUCUCUGUUCAGAAACUUGAGCCUUUCCUAAGGGGCACUGAGGGCUUCAGUCUUGAAAGUUUUAGAGCCAAAGCAUCUUCUCUUUCUGAAGAAUUGAAACAUUUUACAGACAAACUGCAAAGUAAUGGAACUCUUCAAAAAUGUUUUGAAGAAUCAAAAGGAAAAGCAUCAGAUUUGUCUCUGGAAACAUCAGUGGCUGAGAUGAAGGAAUACAUAACAAGAUUUUCUUUAGAACGUCACACUUGGGAUCAGCUCUUGCUGCACUAUCAGAAGGAGGCGGAAGAGAUCAUAUCCAGAGGAUCAAAUGAAACCAAAAUUACUGAAAUUGAGGUGGAACCUAUGACAUAUCUUGGGUCUUCCCAGAGGGAAGUCCUUAAUUCCAAGCCUGACUACCAGAAGAUAGUACAGAACCAAAACAAAGUCUUUGAUUACAUGGAGUUGGUGAUGGAUGAACUGCAGGGAUCAUUGAAGCAGCUGCAUGCCUUCAUGGACGAAAGUACCCAGUGCCUCCAGAAGGUGUCGGUGCAGCUUGGGAAGAGAAACAUGCAACAGUUAGAUCCCUCACCAGCUCGAAAAUUGCUCAAGCUUCAGCUACAAAACUCACCUACCCCUUCGUUGCUCUAGAUCUUGUCAGUGACUUCAUUCAGCUUUUCUGCCACAAGGUGCUCUAGAAGAGAGAGAUGGGAAGUGCGCCCCGGCAUGUGGUGACAGUGUGGCAGUCUCAGCUGGUGUUCUUGCCCUAUUGCCUUUAAAGAUGACUGGCUGACUUUGAUUUUUUUCUAAAAGUGACAGAAUUUAUGCUUUGAUUUUUUUCUAAAGUAUACUAUAGACAUCAGGACAUAAUAAACAAGUGGCCGACUUUGAUUUUUUUCUAAAACUGACAGAAUUUAUGCAUCUGGAAGAAUAUUGCAUAGACACUUUUCCCAAGAAUCUGCAAAAUGCAACUUCUGUUUUGGAAUCAGCUCCAGAACUAGUGGCCCAUUCUUUUAAAUAUCCUUUGUGGUCAGAAAUCUUUUAUCAGGUUUUGAAACAAUCCAGUCAUUCAGGAUCAAGUCCGGUGAAACAUUUUAGGGGUCAAGUUGGUUUCUGAUCAUGUAAAGGAAUGAGACUGAUUUUCUAGUGUAACUCAGAAGGUGAUUUUAGUAGAGGAGUUGUGAGCAUUGUUUGUAUCAUGUGGAUAUGUGUAUCACUUCAUAAGACCAAAUUGAAGGAAGUACCACUUGUUUGUUAUGUCCUGACGUCUAUAGUGUAUUUUAGCUUUUAAUAUUGAGUUGACAUCCUAAGUCCUGGAUUCAUGGUAGGAAGGGGUUAAGUACAGCUUUUCAUUAUUUGUAUUUGCUAAUAAUCUGCAUUGUAAAAUUAUACAUAAUUAAAAUCCUUCCCUUUAUCUAUAUUUCGAGUGUAUGAAAAAAAAUAAAAGGCAAGAAGAGCUUAGCAGAAAAUAGGACUCUUUGCCAAGAUACUGAAAGUGAACAGUAUUGGAGAGAUAUGCCUCAGCAUUUAUUACCAAUAAAACACCAACUAAUAUGUU